AAAAACUUGGCCACACCCAAGCUUGUGCACUUAGCCCUUUGACCUUCACUCACUCUCCUUCCUUGAAUCCUGGCAAUUCCCUGUUUCUAUCCUGGCAUUUUUACUCACUCAGCAGACUGAAAUGGAGGGGGACAGACAAGAGUCUAAAAGUGGCUGCCGUGAGCUGCUGCCCUCAUGUCUCGUCCAUGGACUAGACCACCUGGUGAUGACUGUGAAGAGUAUUGAAGAAACGAGCUCAUUUUAUUCAAGGGCACUGGGCAUGGAAGUGGUGACCUUCAAGGGAAACCGGAAAGCCUUGUGCUUUGGGAAUCAGAAAUUUAACCUUCAUGAGGUUGGGAAGGAGUUUGAACCGAAAGCCCACAACCCUGUACCAGGAUCCAUAGAUGUCUGCCUGAUGACAGACCGGCCUCUCCAUGAGGUAGUGGAGCAUCUAAAGAACUGCAACAUCCCUAUUGAAGAAGGCCCAGUGACCAGAACUGGAGCUCGGGGGCCAAUUGAGUCCGUAUACUUCCGUGAUCCCGACAAGAAUCUGAUCGAAGUUUCCAAGUACAUCACAGAGUGUGCUGGCCAUGAGACGUGAUUCCCAACAUCACUCUUUGCAAAGUUUCUCCUUCAUUUCCCCUUCUUCCUUCUACUAGUCCCCCCUCCCCAAUUAUUUCAUAGUUUGUAUUAUUCCAUAUUCAUGUAACAUAUUGGUUAUAUCAUAUCAUUAUACUGUGUAGGACACAUCUGGGGGCCUUGGGUGCUAUGGUGUGAGUGCUACCUCCCUAAACCUCCUGUGGGCAACCAUGUAUAUUAAUCACCCUGAAGGACUACGGUAUCUGCACAGGGCCUUUGCUUGUGAGGCCAUGAAAUCCCUCUCUUAAAGGCUGAGUCUGGUUAGUCCAAGGAAUGGCAUGGAAUAUUAUCCAAAUAUCCAAACAGGAAAGCUGUCUGUCUGUCUGUCCCACUCAUGAGCUGCUUUCUUCUUUCUCACUUGCACCUCUACUUCUGAACCUGCUUCUCUUGCCUCCAUUGAGAUUUGGGAAAAGAAUAACUGGGGGGAGAGGAGAGGGCACCUGUGGCCCGUAUGUUUGACUAAACAAGGGGAUGUGGGGAAGAUGGUGUUUCCCUCAAUUCACCUGCCUUUCCGGCACAUAGGAAUCUUGCUGGCUGCUGGCUAGACUUCAGUGCCCUGAGUGACACAGCCAUACGGCUAUCUCAGAGGAUGCUGGUUUGAGGUCAAAGGGAGAUGGUUGGGAAAGAAGUGACAGAGAAAAGAAACAAGGGAAAGAGAGAAAGAUCACAGAAUAGGAACGACCUCACCACCUCGAGAGCCCUGGUGCUACCUGGGACUGGAUCGGCAUUACUCUCUGCCCUAUAUGGGAGUGGAAUAAUCUUUCUAGCUCCUAGCGAAACAUUUCCAACUCGAUGUCUUCCUCUGAGUUCCGCCAAGCUGGCAACUACCCUCAUUGUGCUGGAUUGGUAAUCUGGCUGUUGUUCUGGACUCCUUGCCCUCCCUUACCCUGCAUUAUAUCAUCUCUCUUUUAUUUUUUCUAGCAUUAGCAUUUGUGCACAAGACAGAAUACUGACUGGACCAAAAAACAUUUUUAAACUCGGCUUUUUUCCCCAGCUCCAGUGAUUAUUGCCCAUUAAGGCCAGUCCUCCAUAAAAUUGCCAAGUUGACCAAGUUUCUUUGUGGCCCUGCCUCAUUCUUCUGUACCCUGCUCUGUCCUUGCCCUUGCCAAGACCUAGAAUGUUCGACUAGAAAGGAAACUUAGAGAUCACAGACUUAAAUCGCCUUUAUUUACAGAAAGUGAAAGUGGGAUCCAGAGAAAAAUAAUAGGCCCAAAGUCAUAGAGAACUAAGUAUCCUAAGGGCCUGGUUCAGAAGUUUUUCCUCUGUACCAGGUGCCCUCCUCCAGCUCCCCUUUGUUUCUCAAGUGCUCCCUCUCGAUGGCAGGAACGCGAGUGAUGUCAUCCGUUUGCCCACGAAUACAAACCAAUUCAAAAGCGAUGUGAUUCUCCUGAAACUCCUUUGGGAUUUUCGCUCUUGCAGAAGGCAAGGUUCUGAGCCUCCUUACAGGAAUCUCUAGCCAUCACCAAUGUGUGGAGAGUUCAUGGGGAGUAGAGGGCCCUGAAAGCACCAUUGACGGGACUCCUUCUGAAGCCCCCAGGGAAGACUGGUCCCUGUUGUUCCACUCUGACACUGCUGAGGGGAAACCAGUCCAAAGCUGAGGUUACUUAAAGGGGCACUGAUAUGAGGGCCCAGGCGCCACCUGCUCCCCACACAGAGAGACGGAGAGAGACAGACACAGAUACAGAUGACACAGACACAAACACAGAGACACACAGAGAGAAGAAACCUUCUGAGGCAGAGACCCCCAUCCCAGGCCUGAAUGCAGCUGCAGCUGAGGAGUUUUCAAGGGUCCUCACACAGCAGGAAAUCUGGGAAUUAGUGGAGUGGUUUUAGUACAACAAGAAAAGGAAAACCAGAUCACAAUUAGCAAAGAUGGAUAUAACAGUUAACGAAAGUCAAUAGAGGAUAUCGACCUGUGUGUACCAAGAUGCUAUGUUUUGGGAAGCCUUUUUCUCACUUCAUUUUGUUUUUUCUUCUGAACUUAACAAACACCAAAUAAAAGCUUUUCUGUAUUCUCUGUACCACAGAAAAAGAGAAUUGGACACAAAAUUGUGAGUCUCUAUUGUGGACAUUUGCUUUUCUUUUAAAAUAUAUAAUAAACUCAACAUGGCACUUUCAGAGUUAUCCCACUUAA